GGAUUGCAAAUUUGAGAUUAGAUAAAUGCAAGAGUCAAUUUGGUUCCAAACAACGCUCCUAUUUUCCUGAAUUAAAAUAAUGUUGGAAUUAAAUAAAAAGUUACCAAGCAUGGUUAAAUAUUUUUAUUCGGAAAAAUAAUGCUCUAUUCAGUUUUCGGCCAGUUCUAGACUAAGAUUGCUGCAUCAAAAUGGCUGAAGGUGAAAAGAAAGUCACAAGUUUCACUUGGGAUGCGGGCAAUCUGAUACAACUUUUCGAAGGCAAGAAAAGUUCAUUAAAAUCUCCUGAAUUUUUGACGGAAAUAUCAUUAGCCACAAAAACACUAGACGAAAAGUGUUUCCUAAAAUGGACACUAUUGGCGAAAAAAGUGAUAGAAAUGGAAAGAGCAGAAUCUGAUAAACAUUCUUCUAAAAAGCGUCGAACCACCGGCUCAUUGGCAAAGGUGACUAAAGAAACAAUGAAAGGACAAUACCUCGGAUUGUACCUUCAGAAUAAUAAUGAUGAACUUCCUUAUCUGCCUAUCCUGAAGGUAACUUUCUCCAUCGUAAAACCAACUUCAGGAAAAAUUUAUAGUAAAGGCAAAGAACUCUUAAUGAUUGUUGAGGGAGUGGACUUUGGAAUUUCUGAUUUUAUAAUGAUAGCGGAAUUGGAAAAAUUGAGUCUUUGUGAUCUUAUGAUACUCUGCGAGUUUGAGGAAGCCAAGAAGGACAUUGAAAGCUUUAAACCUUUGCUAAAUAAUACAAUGUUUAGCGAUAUUGAAUUAAUCGUCGGCAAGAAUGUGUUUCCCGCUCACAAAUUGGUUUUGGCCCUCAGCAGUUCGUAUUUCCGAGAAAAGAUUGCAAACGAUGAUUCUCUAACGAGCUUAAAAAUUCUGGAUACAAAAUCAAAAUAUUUUGAACAAUUGCUUCGUUUUAUGUACACUGGUAAACUGGAUUAUAUGAAAAGUGAAGAAUUGAUAGACUUUAAACUUAUUGAAGCUGUCUGUCAAUACAAAGUUUGGGAUUUCUUUGCUGAUUAUGAAAUCGAAGAAACUCUGAAAGCGGGAUUAAAUAUCAAAAAUAUUAUUCCUACUCUUUUAUUAAUUUAUGAAGCGCGACUUAUGGAAGAAACACGGAGCUUUUUCGCUGAUUGUAUUUACUUUACUAUGGUCAACCUAACAUCAAUGGUAGAUUUGGAUUUUUUCAAAAACUUAGUGACAAUAAAUCCUCAGUUGCUUGAAACAAUCUUGAUAUGGCUACACUGGAAGCUGGUGGUAUCAAAAUGCAAGAGAAAAAUAGAUGUUUCUCCCUUGAAGGAAUCUAAUAUUGAAAAAUGCAUAAGUUGUAAACAAUUUGAAGCCUUGCUAAAUAAUCAAAAGUACAGCGACAUUGAUAUUCAAAUUGGCGAUAAAACAUAUCAUGCACAUAAGUUGAUACUAGGAACCAGAAGUCCCGUUUUUGAUCGGAUGUUUUCGCAUAAUAUGGCAGAAACAAUAUCAGGUGUAGUGAAAAUAGAAGAUACAGAACCAGAAAUAUUUUAUCAAGUUCUGCGAUUUAUUUAUACCAAUGAAUUCGAAACUAAGAAGAAUGAUCUGAUAUUAAAGAUUUGGAUUGUCGCAGACAAGUAUGAUAUUGAUGACUUAAAAUUUGAAUGUGAAAAUAUCUUGGGAAGUAGUUUGACACAUAAAACUUUUAAAAGAACUGUUACCUUUGCUGAUAAUCGCAACAUGGAACGAUUGAAAAGAAUGUGCGUUCUCUACUUUAUAGACAAUAUGUUCAUCAAAGAAUAUGACCAGCGGGCUGCAUUUAAUCAGCUGCUCUACGAUUUAAAUUUUACAGCUUCAAAUCCACAUUUACUUCUGGAGAUAUUGAAUGCAUUGGUCUUAGAUUGUAAACUUGUUCUUAAAAACCCCAAGAAAAAGAGAAUUUUCUGUGUGCAGAACGUCGAAAAUUCAUUUUUGUAAAUGGAUUAUGUUUAAUAUUAUCUUUAUAACAGGAUUUUA